AUGGAAGGACUCGGUAUAGCGGCUAAUGCCAUCGCUGUUGUCAACAUGGCGGCGAAGAUAGUCGCGCAGUGCUAUAAAUAUGGCCAGGAGGUCCGUAAAGCCAAAUCCGACAUCGACACGGUGCAGACGGAAAUAAUCAUCCUCAAGGGUAUCGCAGAGAGUGUGCAGCGCCUACUAAGAGGUUGCAAUGGUGAUAGACUGGCAACAUCCCACCAGCUCCAGACCGCGAUUGCAGAGGCUCUGGGUCAACUCAAGAAGGUAGACGAAAAGAUGGGUCUCGAAAAAGGCCAGAAGAUAAUGACUAGGUUUGGACUACGGGCUCUUAAAUGGCCAUUUAAAAAAAGCGAAAUUGACGGGAUACUUGGGAAUCUGCGAAACUGUGGCCAGAAUAUAAAUUCUGCUUUGCAAGUAGACCAAGCUGCCGAAAUUUUAGAAGUCGGAGCCGGCGUGCGCCAUCUGGAACUGCUGAGCCAAUUGCCUGUUGCCGAAGGGGCGUGCUUUGGUUCUCACACAGAAGACCACGAGUUGACAUGCUUACCAGACACCCGAGUUGAUCUGCUCCAGCAAAUACAAGACUGGGUGAAGGAUCCCGAUGGAGCGCGCGUGUUUUGGCUUAAUGGCAUGGCUGGCACAGGCAAGUCUACCAUCUCGCGAACUGUUGCACAGCGCCUUGACGACGACAAGAUGCUCGGCGCAAGCUUCUUCUUCAAGACCGGCGAGGCCGAACGCAGCACCUUGUCAAAGUUCUUCUCCACCAUUGCUGCUGAUAUGGUCAUCAAAGUUCCCGAGUUCAGUACAGCCGUUAAGGAGGCCUUGGACAAGGAUGCUGGUUUUCUCAAGAGGGCACCGGGACAGCAACUGAAAAAUCUUGUUAUAGAGCCGCUCAUGGAGUCGCAAAAACACCGACCCGACCACCCGAUCGUUUUAAUUGUCGACGCUCUCGAUGAGUGUGGACGAGAUCAAGACAUUGAUUUGCUCAUCAACCUGUUUACGGAUUUUAGCGUCAUGAAAGUGCCACAGUUGAAGAUUUUCAUCACAAGCCGGCCUGAAAUACCGAACCGUCGGGCAUUUGGGAAAGCGACAGCCGGAUCCUACCAUCCAGUGAUCCUUCAUGAACUCCCUGAGCCCGUGAUUGAGCAUGACAUCUCCGUCUUUCUAGACUAUCGGUUGGACCAGAUCAGGACAGAGUGGAAUUGCAUAGUAACUUCUGAUUAUCGUCGCCUGCCCUCUGACUGGCCCAGACAGGACAGAAGACGGCAGCUGGUAGAGAUGGCUGUGCCUCUUUUCAUCUUCGCUACUACCAUGUGUCGCUUCAUUGCGGAUGUUAAGUUUGGAAACCCCGACGAUCAGAUCCAGGACGUUCUUGCAUACGGAAAAACGGAAACUAAGUCCCAUCUUGACUCUACAUACCUCCCUAUCUUGAACAAAUUGGUGGUUGGAAUGGAUGCGGAUGAUAGAAGCAAAGUCAUACAGAAGUUUACGUCGAUUGUGGGCUCCAUCAUCAUGCUGGAAACGCCGCUUUCUACGGAAUCGCUGAGCCGACUCCUUCAAGUUCCAAGAAAUCACAUUGACGAUCAUCUUAUGAUGCUUCACUCAGUGCUCAGUAUUCCAACCUCGCCCGAUUCGCCAGUGAGAAUGCUACAUCUAUCCUUGAGAGAUUUCUUGACAGAUACCAAGAACAAGGAAGCAACUGCUUUCUGGAUUGAUGAGAAAGGAACUCAUGCUGAUAUAGCAUCAAGAGCCUUAACCUUGCUCGAUAGGGAGCUCAAACAGAACAUGUGCAACCUCUCGAGUUGGGUGACAGAGCGCUCGUCGAUCAAAAUUGAGACGGUUAAUGCGUCUCUUUCUCCUGAGCUUCAAUAUUCAUGCUCCUACUGGGUGCGCCACAUCCAGCAUGCAGGCGAUAUGCUGGUUGAUGGUGGCUUGACGAAACACUAUUUUAGGAUCUGGGACGUGGAUACAGGUCAAUGCAUAUGGAUGCUGGAGGGCCACGAAGGUCGAGUCAUCAUGGUUGUCUUUUCGGAUGACUCCACUCGUGCAUUAGCAGUUUCAAGUUCUGGCCCAAUCCGUGUCUGGAGUGUUAGCACGGGGGAAUGCAUCAUAACAAUCAAAGAUUAUGCAGAGGGGGUGAUCUAUGGCUUCGGUUCUUCCACCCCGACACUCUUUGUAUCAGGCUGGUUUGCCAAACCUUUCGAGAUUUGGAAAGCAGAGAUAGGUGAAUUCAAUCGCCUUAGCGUCGAUGCAACCGUCAAGAUAUUUCAGACCAACAGCGGAGAGUGCGUGCAGGAACUGAAGCAUACAAGAACAAUCACCUCGAUUGUAUUCUCUCACGAUUCUGUGUUGCUCGCUGCAAGCAAUGAUAAUGACAUUUGGAUCUGGAAUGUGGAAACAGGGGAAUGUGUGCAAGUACUUACAGGACACGGAAGUAAAAUUCACCAUAUGGCCUUUUCCCGUGACUCGGCUCUGCUGGCCUCGGCAUCCCAUGACGAGACUGUACGAAUCUGGCUAAUUGAUGCCUCGAACGACCAUCACAUUUCCAAACAGACCGAGAGUCGUGCUAAGCUCACGAUCUGGGAUGCCAUGACUGGCGAGUGCAAAAGGGUUUUCACAUCGACUGUUACAGCGCUGUCCAAGGACUGGUCGCUCAUCUUAGUAGGCCCUUCGAAAGAUUCGCCCGCAUCUCCCCAAAUCUUGCGCGUUGAUACGGGCGCGCCUGUGCAAACGCUCCACAUAGAUGACCCCGUUGUUGUCUAUGCCGAGUUUUCUCCCGAUUCAAGCAUGGUGGUGAUCAUCACGCGGCAAAAUGAUACACCUCAUGGAUAUACAACUGGCAUAUGGCUCGUUGAAACAGGGCAAUGUAUGAGAGUUCUCGAAACGGGGCCCAGUCAUAUGCCAGCACUCUUCUCUCCCAACGGACGACUCGUUGCCACCUCUGACGAAAGUUAUGUUCACCUCUGGAACACCAGUGAUUGGCGCUGUAAGCAAAGUUGGACACACGGGACGCUACCCUUGGAGUUGGAAAUGACGUUUUCGCCGGACUCGACACUUUUUGCAUCCCAUCUAAAGGACAUGCUGCAGGUAUGGCAUUGCGACACUGGCAAAUGCCUCCUUGAGUCAAACUACCUAGGAUAUAGCAGGGCCUGCGCAUUCUCAAGUGACUCCAAGUUCGUUGCGAUAAGCUUAUUUCUCGUGACUCGAGCCGAUGAUCAAAUUCGGCUAUGGUGUAUAGAAACAAGCCAACACCUAUAUACAUGUAGUUUUGAGUCGGGGUCAACUUUUGACCGAGGCCGAGGCCUAGCCCUAGUCCCCGGAUACGGCGACCUCGUUCGUUUCACUCCCGAUGGUUCAGGUCUCGAAACCGGCUACGGGGUGAUAGCCUUAUCCAACUUCCCUCCUACCCAGUUGAACAAUGCCCCGGUGUCAUCCAGCUUCUCCGGCUACGGGAUUAGCCCCGACGGGGUCUGGAUCACGUGGAAUGGGCACAGAUUACUUCGACUCCCAAUUCAGUAUCGACCGUGGCGCUCAGCUGUGCACCUGACCACAAUGGUGCUCGGGAGCCUAUCUGGUCAAGUCACCAUCCUCCGGUUUACCUCUCCACCACCGGAAACGGCAUCCUAG